AAAGUGCCUAUUCUAAGCUACGCUCCAAAAACCCGCCUUUCCCCAGAGAACGCGUCAUAUGACGUAACGACAGGCAAACAUAGGCGCUGCAGCCCUGGUUCUCAGUGUGGGUUUACGUAGUCUGAGAGGUGGAAACAGAAAAUAGAGAUUGUCGUUCUCGUUAUUAUAGUUAUAGUAGGUUUGAGUUGUCACAAUGGUGAAUUCUUGUGUUUGUUUUGGAUGCAACAACUCGGGUCCACCGAUUUCCAAACAAGAAACACAAAGAUUUCCGUGCUUGGAUACGUUUCGUCCAGGCAAAGAGAAGCAAUUUCGCUGCCUCCUCGUUGACAAGACACACGGUGGUAUGUGAAAAACACGUCACACCGGACAGCUACAACCAAGGAGAUCUUAUGGAAUUUCGCAUGGGAUUUCGACGAAAAGAGUGGGUUAGGCUGGCAAAUGGAGCUGUGCCAUCGGUGCAUGCAGGUCCACCUGCAAAAUCUGGCGGGAGUGAAGAGUCUAACGUUAAUGUUAGCACUAGCAGAGAAUCUGCGCGUCGAAAAAGGGAGCUUUGCACAAUUUUGGGAGAGAGUGCUGCCAGCAAAGACGGGGCGGGUGCAACUGCCACUUCAGAUCCUGAAGAUGAUGGAGAUGGAGACAUCUCUACAAUGGACCCUGAGCCAGAAGUGGUCCAUCGUGGAUCACAGAGCAACAUAAGAUGUUUACAUCGUUCAUUAGUGCUGUUGACAAGUUCAUUGUUUGCCAGAGGCAGUUGCUGUCCUUGUUCACGGUUUGCUCUGCAUGCUGCGGGGAAACCCAGGGACACAUAAUGCACCCGGAAGGAACUUUCAUAAAAGUCAAGCAGGCCUGCGGAACUUGUGGUUAUGAGCGUUACUGGCAAAACCAAGAGAAGGUGCAUCGAAACAUGCCUGCCUGCAACCUUUUACUCAGCGGUGCCAUCCACUUCUCAGGUUGCAUGGCUUCUCAGACAAUCAGGAUGCUGAAGCUGUUUGGACUGCAGUGCAUUAGUCCCGGGACUUUUUUCCGCCAUCAGCGCUAUUACACUAUCCCUACCAUCGUGCAGGCCUGGAGGAAUGAGCAGAGGGGGAUCAUCAGGGAGUUGAAGGAGACUGGGGGUGGAUUGAUCCUGUCUGGUGACUGCAGAUCAGAUUCUCCUGGACACUGUGCCAAAUAUGGUAGCUACUCCUUGAUUGAGGAUCGAAUUAACAAAGUUUUGGAUGUUCAGCUUGUCCAAAGCUCAGAAGUCCCAAGCAGCUCUUGGUGUGAGCUAGAGGGUCUAAAGCGGAGUAUGCAGUUCCUGAUGGACCAAGACAUGCAAGUGGCAGGUGGCCAAGUGGGUACGUGAGAAAAUGUGUUCAGAAGGAACAAGGCAUUUCUUUGACGUCUGGCAUAUUGGGAAAAGUGUACAGAAAGCACUGGAUGCUGCUGCAAAAGAGAGGGACUGUGAGGAUCUGAAGCUGUGGAGGCCAGCCAUCAUCAACCAUCUCUACUGGACCGCAGCUUCCACCCCUACAGGAGAUCCAGAUGAGAUGCAGGCAAAAUGUACAGGACAUACAUGAACACAGCACUCCUGCAUUUGCCAGCUGCGUACAUCCACCGUUGGAAGGAGAGGCAAGAAACAAGGAGUGGCUGGAACCAGGAUCACCAGCACCCACUAAACUGGAGAGUGUAGCUGCCAGGAAAGCACUGGUAAAGGAUAUUCGACAAUUGUCACCUCAGCAUCAGACAUUCUCCCUGGAGGCCUACCAUUCCCUCAUUCUGCACUUUGCUUCCAAACAUACUGGCUUUUCUUGGGAUGUACAGCAGGUAGUGUCAUCACUUAAAAGUAUCGAUACUAAUAAAAUUAGUUUUUUUUUUUCUUUUUUUUUCUCAAUUUCAGGAAAUGAUGACAGAAUGAAUAUGGCUAAAAACUAAUGCAGUCUUGUAUAGCAGACCAAAAUGUUAUAGAUAACAGCAUUACAUAUUGUUUGCAAAAAAAUAAUUGCAAAGAUGAGUCAUUGUCUUAGACCCAUUUGAACUGAAAACAUUAAUGUCAUAUAUUUAUGUUGCAUUUCACUGCAUUGGGUUAGCUUUGGAGACCUAAUGUUCUAACUACUUAGAAACCAUCUUACGGUUAGUAGUUUCACUUAGUUUUUCAAUAUCUUUUUUGUGUGAAUCUAUCUAUUUUUAUGUGAGUCAACCAUGUAACUAAAUGUUUUCUAAACAUUUCUCUCCUCAAGUAUACGCAACAAAUCUUAUGGUCUCUCUGGUAGAGGAAUACUGCAAGACACCGCAGGCCCUCUGCUGCACCGCCCCCCUCACCUCUUCCGUCCAGAAGGUUGCCAAGGAUGAGGCAGUCAGCCUCCAUCUCGCACGACACUCACGUUUUAACAUGUAAUAAAAGAUCAAUUUUACCAGUA